AAAUAGAAUUUUAAAAGAAGCGCGACCCACCUAAACCCCACUCCAGUCAUGGCCUGCAACCCCUUCUUCCUCCCUCAUCAACCUGGCGCCGCCACCCCUCUUCACCGCCGCCGCCACCUCCACCACCAGCCGCGUAUACCCUUCCUCCAAAAACUCUACACAAACAAACUGAAUAACUCAUUUCCUUUCACACCGCUUCAAGAACCUUCUUAUAAAAAGAAUAACGACAAAAACAACAAUCGACUCGGUGGAGGUGGAGGAGGAGGUGGUGGGCGUGGCGACGGUUGGAAUAACAAUUUCUUCAAUUUCAACCAAUACCCAUUUUUUCUUUUUCCUUUUUACUCAAAAUUUGAAAAACAACACGACCCAUUUGCCUCAGCAGUUCAAGGACACAUCUAUUUGUUCUUAGUUUCCGCUUCUGCCUCUAUAAGCUACUUCGUUUUAUCGUCCUCCGAGGCGCAAGCUAAAACUACUGACAAUGAGGGGAUUGUGUGUGAAAUCAAGGGUGGGAAGAAAGUUGAGCUCGUUCAGGAUUAUGAGAAGGAUGAAUUUAUUGUUCCAAAAACAAUUUGGUCGUGGGAUUGGGGUUCGAGAGGGAAAAAUUCGAACAUCUCGAGUUUUGAGGAUGUUUGGAUGAAAUGUAGGGAAUUUGUUUUCAGUUUGAUGCUUCCUGAGGGAUUUCCCGCGAGUGUUACAAGUGAUUAUUUGGAUUAUUCUCUUUGGAGAGGGGUUCAGGGCAUUGCAUCACAGAUUAGCGGUGUGCUUGCCACUCAGUCCUUGCUUUAUGCGGUUGGAUUGGGGAAGGGAGCAAUUCCGACUGCGGCAGCGGUGAAUUGGGUUUUGAAGGAUGGCAUUGGUUAUCUCAGUAAGAUUUUGUUGUCAAAGUAUGGGAGGCACUUUGAUGUGAAUCCAAAGGGUUGGAGGUUAUUUGCAGAUCUUCUAGAAAAUGCUGCCUAUGGAAUGGAGAUUUUGACCCCUGCUUUUCCACAUCUCUUCGUUCCAAUAGGUGCUGUUGCAGGAGCUGGAAGAUCGGCAGCAUCAUUAAUCCAGGCAGCUACCAGGAGUUGUUUCUAUGCCGGGUUUGCUGCUCAGAGGAAUUUCGCAGAGGUGAUUGCCAAAGGUGAAGCUCAAGGAAUGGUGAGCAAGUCCAUAGGAAUUAUGCUUGGCAUAGGGUUAGCUAGCUGCAUACAAUCUUCUGUGCCUCUUGCUCUUGCUUCUUUUGGUGUGGUUACUUGGAUCCACAUGUUUUGCAAUCUCAAGUCAUAUCAAUCCAUUCAACUAAGGACUUUAAAUCCAUAUCGUGCAAGUUUGGUCUUCAGCGAAUAUCUGCUCAGUGGUCUAGUACCUUCAGUUAGAGAGGUUAAUGCUGAGGAACCACUAUUUCCAGCCAUCCUGGAUUUGAAUGUGAAGCCUGCAUCUGAAGGACAAGCAGAGGUGCUAUCUGCUGAUGCCAAGGACGCUGCUGUUCAUAUUGAGCAUCGUUUACGACUAGGUUCCAAGCUCUCUGAUGUUCUUAAAAGCAGAGAAGACACUAUUGCAUUGCUCAAUCUGUACAAAAAUGAAGGUUAUAUUCUGACAGAGAUUGAAGGAAGAUAUCACGUGAUACUAAAAGAAAGUUCCUCACCACAAGACAUGCUUAAGUCAUUAUUUCAAGUCAAUUAUCUGUAUUGGUUGGAGAGAAAUGCUGGAAUUAUAUCAGGUAGCAUUCGUCACGACUGCAAACCAGGAGGAAAGCUGCAAAUAUCUUUAGAAUAUGUUCUACGGGAAUUUAACCAUGUUAAAAACGAUGGCAAAGUUGCAGGUUGGGUUGUUGAUGGUCUCAUUGCGAGGCCUUUACCUAAUAGAGUUUCCAUAGGUAAUGAAGCAGCAUCUCCUCCUGCUCUACGUUGAUUUCUUAGAUGAUGCUUGAUCAGUGGCAGUUUUUGAGCAUGAGCAUGGAAUUUCUUUCACAAUGGUCUGAUCACUUGAAUUCCUCGUAUUGUUGCUGAAUCAAAUGUGCAGAAGACGAUACACUAUAAAAGCUAGUCAAUCCAGGUUCUCAAUGAGAUGCUGAAUAUUGAAUUUAAUCUUCUGGCGUACAAAAUAGACUUGUACCAAGGAGAAAUGAUAUGACAGAAACUUGAGUUAGGUGGUUGCCGGGUGCUAAUGGCUGUUGCUAAUGUGAAUAGAUUACGUACUUUUAGGACACUGAAGCUAGAGAAACGAUAUAGUGGAAAUUUUGCAGUAUACGAAAUAGCUGCUUUGCCUCUAAAUUUAACAUUCUCUAGGCAUUCGUUCUGUUAAUUUUAGUACAAUGAUUUUUGAGAGAAAUUACUGUAUACCCUUUGAUAGACUGGCAGCUUGUAAUUUAGGGAGGGAAAUGUUAAUGUUUGAUUGCUUAUUUCCCUUUGCAAAUUGUCAGCAGAUUAUUCAGUUUUUCUUGCAUUGCA